AUGCCGGCCCCAAUUGCUGAGGAGAUGCAGCCGGAUCUGCAUCAUCCAGACCAGCUUCAAGCCGUGGGCAAAGCAUUUGAUGCCCUUCUACUAACCCUCUACCGGCUUACAAACAGACACAAUGAUCUCAAACAACACACCGAUGAUCUUUUUAAACAGUAUACUAGUGUCACUAGACAACUGCCUCCUCAAGAUAGACCUCAGGCGAUGGAAACUCAGCAAAGGUUACUGGAUCAACAGAAAGAAUUGUGUCUAGGCCUUGUGCACAGCAAAUCUCGAAUCGAAGAACAAUCGCUGAAUUCUAUGGAUGUAAUCAAGACUCUCGUUUCACACCAAAAUGUAGACGAAAAUACAACCCGUGCUAUCGCAGCCGGUGUCAAGGGCUAUAAAGCCCUUCUUCGUUCCCAAGACGAGCUUUCCCAAAUAUCCUCUGCCAAUUCAUGCAUGUUGGUUCGUGGACCAGACCUCUCAGCCUCGUUGGAGAAAGACUUCACCACCAAUGGGGCUCAGGGAACUCUGCGUUGCCCAUUUUCAAAGCCUCAAACACCCAUAGGAAGCGAGGCGGCGAAUGGAUUAAAGGACGUGCCCAAGAUCAGCGUCGAUACAUGUGGUCAUGAGGACUUGGAUCCUAUUAAAGCCGAACAAGAAGAGCGACGGUCUAGUACGACGCCCUCGGCCCGAACCUCAGGCAGCCGAUGCCCUGUAUCCCGAUGCCCGAUCCGAUACCUUGAUAAACAUUCCCCGGAGGAGAUUGCUGAGUAUGUCGAGAGACACAAGCAUGAGAUUCCCCGGAGUCAUGCUAUCUGCGUUAAACGAUAUCAAAGAGACCCCCAAAAUAUGCGGCAGCUUGAUGCCAAGUAUGGCGGUCUAAUUAAUAUGAUUAGUGGCCUGUCGGCUAAACACCAAGCUUUUCUACCAGGCCCAGACCGAGAGGCGAAUGGAGAUGGCGAGGACCAGAGUGUUCACACUGCGUCUACAGAAAGAGUCGAGAAAUGGGCAGAAAACGUGAACCAGGCGACCCCUGGUCCUGAUCCAGGAGUUUCAGUUGAGCAUGAGAACGGGAACGAUGAUGACAAUCGCCAGAGUCAUUUCGACCGUCCUCUCCGUGAGGUCCGCUUGGGUGAAUCUCCUAGCCGGCCGUGGGGUAUUCAUGUUCCUAUCACCCAACCGACCAGCGCUUCAUUGCCUUUGUCUGGAUCUGUACCUGGUCCAAUGUCCCCCGACUCUCGACCCAUCGACCCCCUUGAGCAAUUACCUACCGACACCCCGGCUAAGCCAGCUGGUCGCUGUCCAUUUGGGCAUGAUGCACCUAAACCGGCAACGCCACCUAUCGAACCCCCAGAGAAACCACCUAUCGAGACACCGGCUAAACCAGCUGGUGGCUGUCCAUUUGGGCAUGACGCACCUAAAGCAGAAGUUGCCGAACCUGCGCCUCCUCCUGCUCCUACUCCUGCGCUUGAAUUCAAGCCCGAGCCACCUGUUUCACCCUGGGCUAACUGGGGCAACGGUGCAAAUGGAAAUAAGGUCAAUGCCGAUAUUCCCAAGACCGACGAUGCCACCGAGAAACCAGACACAACCUCAAUGCGGCCUCAUAUAACGUUCAACGGGCCGGUGUUCUUUGGGUAUUCGCCAGAGCAAACAGCCAGUUUGCUGCAACAACUACGCGACCUUGGCCAAGUCAAUAUGUAG